UCCCGGAGUGCACGCCGCCAGUGUGGAGAUAGUCCCGCCCCCCGCUCCAGCCAGCAUGUCCUGCUCCAUGUCCUUCACCCAGUGACAGCACAGCCUGCCCUGCCGUGACAGCUCAAUGAAAACAAGUAGAAAACCAAACGUCAACCAAAAUGUCAAUUCUUUUGAUUGAAGCAUUUUAUGGCGGCUCCCACAAGCAGCUGAUGGAUCUUCUAAACCAAGAAAUAGAAGGCUGCAUUUUAUACAGCCUUCCAGCCAAGAAAUGGCACUGGAAAGCUCGGACAUCUGCACUGUCCUUUAUGCAAACUAUUCCAUCCAGUGACAGUUACAGGGUCCUUUUCACAAGCUCAGUGCUAAACCUGGCUGAACUGGUUGCCCUUCGCCCAGACCUUGGAAAGUUGCGAAAAAUCCUUUACUUCCAUGAAAACCAAUUGGUGUAUCCAGUUAGAAAAAGCCAAGAAAGAGAUUUUCAGUACGGCUAUAACCAAAUUCUUUCUUGUUUAGUUGCUGAUACUGUGGUUUUCAACUCCACCUUCAACAUGGAGUCAUUCCUGAAAUCUAUGGGCACAUUUUUGAAGAUGAUUCCUGAUCAUCGUCCCAAGGAUCUAGAAGCAGCCAUCAGACCAAAAUGUAGAGUCAUUUACUUUCCCAUCAGAUUUCCAGAUGUAACUCAGUUUUUACCGGACCAUAAAUGCCUUUCCAAGAAGAUAACCGACAGCAAAGCAUCCAAGGAAUUCUGUCGCAUGGGUCGUCAAUACCAGCCACCAAGCAAAACUUGUGAAUCAGUUGGUGAGAAUUUUCAGUCCUCUCUUCAUCCUUCAGAUCCAAAUGUACAGCACAAAAAUAAAGAAGACUUCGAGGGGGUAAAUAAUCUGGUACCAUCAGAGAGAAGACAUGUUCAUGAGAAUAUCUCCGGACUUGGUGAAAGUGUGGAUCCCCACCGGCCUCUGCAUAUAGUCUGGCCUCACAGAUGGGAACACGAUAAAGACCCAGAAACCUUCUUUAAUGUGCUGCUAAAACUUAAAGAACACGGACUGCCUUUCGCGGUAUCCGUUCUCGGAGAGACAUUCACAGACGUACCAGAUAUAUUUUCAGAGUUCAGAAUCACCUUGGGAUCUUCAGUUUUACACUGGGGCUUCUUAGCCAGCAAAAACGACUAUUUUCAAGCUUUGUGUAUGGCCGAUGUUGUCAUUUCAACAGCUAAACAUGAAUUCUUUGGCGUGGCAAUGUUGGAAGCAGUGCAUUGUGGAUGCUACCCCCUUUGUCCAAAAUCUUUGGUGUACCCUGAGAUUUUUCCAGCACAAUAUCUGUAUUCAACACCUGAACAGCUCUUGAAAAAGCUCAAAAAUUUCUGCAAAAAACCUGAUAUCGUAAGGAAGCAUCAGCUCCAGGGUGACAUCACACGCUUUUCAUGGGCUGCACUGAGCGGUGAAUUCAGGUCUCUGCUUUCAGCACAACCUGGGGAAGAUUGUGACAGAUGGGGCCAAGUUGCAAACUUGAAGCUUUAGGCAGAAUUUGUCGAAACUUUCCAGGGUAUGCCCAUAUUUACCUGAUCAGAGAGAAAGAGAAAAAAAAAAAAAGAAAUAAAAUGUGCGGAGGAAGCCUUGCCUGACUGCUUGUCAUAGCUGACACUGUGCCAUCUGCCACAAACCUGUGGCAGCCUCAGAACUGCACUCCCUGCCACCACCCUGACUCAAAUUAAAUACAGAUUCCCCGAGACGUUCUGAUGGUUACACAUGUCCUCAACUUCACAUGCAGGAGAUUGUUCAAAAAAAUAUGUGGCCUGUUGUAUAACCGCACUCAUGUAUCCCAUAUGCGGUGCCACAUUGAAUUUCCGGUUGAAUCUGUUUUCAUCCUUUGUACUAGAUGACACGGUGUCUGAAUUCUUUCUUUUUUGCCGACAUGAUGGCAGCCAAACUGCAGCUUCAAACGUUCACACUUGGCUGAAUUUCUACCUAUGUUGCCAGGUUAUCAUCGAAGCCUUAUUGUGUCCUCAAAGGGCCACAGGGCUUGAAAGGAGGAUCAGAGUGCUACUGGGCUAAUUGGGCAGCCAUCCAUGAAUUGUUUGCAGGCGAAGGGCUGUUUUUGCACUUUUUUUUUUUUGCUUUGCAAAUUAAUGAUUCCUUGGCACAGAGGUUUUUAAGUGAAGGUAUUAAUAAGAGGUCUGGCAGGUAUUCCCAUGAUUCACAGAGUUACAUUUGCAUUUAAUUAAUCUUAAAGAAAGCUGCAAGAUAAACAGCUGUAAUUCAAAGUAACAUGGGAAAUAUGUUGCCCUGGUGCUAUCUAUCCGAUAAAAUGAAAGCUCAGACACUUGUUUUAUUUGUCUCACGGAGAGUGAACAAACAGAUAAAAGCGGCAGCAAGGAGGGGAGUUGCGCAAAUAUUUUGUAAAGUCAGAAUCUGUAACGUGAAUAUUUCACAUCAGAAAUCUUUACACUUGUAUUUCUUUCUAGAUAAGCGUAGAGUCAUUGGCACAUUUAUCA